GAGGUUGGCUCGUUGCAGAAAAGGAGGCUUAAGUCACGGAUAUUUUGCAAUAGUAACUCCUACACCUGUUUCAGAAAGACUUGGGCUGUGUCAUUAGGUGGACGGAAGAAGGCUGCAGAUGGGCUCUGGAAUAUCACCAGACACUGAACUUUCUGAAGCUGACGAAAGGGGAGUUCAGUCUACAGAAAGAGUACUGUGCUGUAUUCCCCAUGAACAUCCCACUUACCCUAGUCUCAAGCUGCUCAUGGGUACAGUGGGGAGAAUUGGGCUUGGUCAUUGAGUAUAUAUUUUAGCUCUUAGGGUCCAGAAAAAACCUGUCUCCUCCUUCCUCCAUUUUGCAAGUUUUCAGAAUGACUUCCUUGAUUGACAUGCCCCUGAAUUAUGAAAAGAUGUUUGCUCAUCGAUUCACAUCAGAUGAUGAAGAAUACCAAGAAUAUCUGAAACGCCCUGCAGAUCCCCCUCCUAUAGUUGAAGAAUGGAGAAACAGAUCUGGUGGCAACCAGAGAAACAGAGAUCGAUUUCAAGAUGGUAGAUAUUUUAGAGGGGACAGAUACAACUGGCAAGGUGACUAUAGAUCUAAUCAGAGGCCAGAAAGAAGUUGGGGUAAUAACUACCAGCAGCACAGACAAGGACAAUCUUACUCCUCCAGCUACGGACAAUAUGGCUACAACUCCUACAACCCAGGGCCUCGUUACCACCCCUACUGAUGACAGUUGUGGUUUGACAGUCCAGUAAUGCUAUGUAACAAAUUCAGUUAGACUUCAGUUUUCUUAUUUUUCCAGUUUUAUAGAUAAGUGAAGAAUUGGUAUUACAGUCCAUUGCUGUUUAUCUGUAAUAUGAAUUGAAAAAGGGAAUACCUUUUAUGAAUAGUAAAAGCGUAUUAUACAGAGUUUGUUUACAGUCUGUAGAUCUUAGAUUAAAUUUUUAUCUAUUUUUUUUUGUCUGAAUACAUGCUAGUACACUUUUCUUCCAUCACUGAGAUUUCUGUUACCUUUUAGAAAAGACAACAGGUCAGGGGAAAAUACCUGUGGUUUGUGUGCAGCCUGUAGCAGUGGCACAUUGCUUUAAGUUUGUUCUUUUUGAAAGUGACAUGCUAUGUUUUUCUCUGGAGAGAAUUGCUUAGUUUGGCUUUUGAUAGAAAAGAUCAGUUUGGUUUGAAUUUCAGAUGCCUUAAAACUGAGAAGAGAGAUGCUAUUACAGAAAUAUUUUAUGGGGUCGGCCUAGUGUCUGUUGACUCAAUGGCUUCAAUGUAUUUGCAGUAUUCCUCUUAAAACAUGGUCUAAAAGUUGGAACAAAGAUUAAAUAGUUUAAAUAUAUAUCUUCGUACUAUAGUAGUUCAAUGAUAUACAAGUUUUACCUGAGAAGUGAUAUCAGACUUAGAAUAAUUUGUAUCAUCUUAAAAUAUGUUUGGUAUGUGCAUAACAUGUUUUGGAAUUCCUAUUUCAGUAAAGCUGUAAAAUCUUGAUGGUAAUGGUAAUUAGUUUGUAUGAAAUACUUUGUGCAUGUUAUAGAAGAAAGGAACCAUAAUCACUACUGUUCUGUACUCUUCUUGCAUGAGAAAAUAGCAUAAGCAGUGCAGAGUGUUAUCUAGUUCUUAGAAUUUACGUUCUGUGGGUUUUUUUAAGUAUUCACACAAUAAAAGUAUAGUUCCCAUGCAA